UAAACUUAAACAUAGAACGAAGCUACGUUCAUGUUAAGACACGCAGGAGAACGGGAGACGGGAAAGAUCGAAUGAAAGAAAAUAUAUUUGUUUUAGUUAUCAACGCUUAAAAAAUGUCUCACUUCAACCUGGAGAAUGAGGUGAGCAGUUUGGUGAGGAUGGAUGCUCCCAUCGCUGGUGGGACAAGAGGGCCACUCACAUCACGAUGGACAAAGAAGACGGAUGCUGACUGCAAUAUUUCAGUCAACAACUCUCUCAACGUCAGCACAUCUGCCAAGACUCCCAUGAAGACUGCCAACAAAUCCAUGGGUGCCGGAGCCAAAACACCUUCAACAGAGACCAAGAAAACACCAAAGUCUUCAGGCAAACAUCGCACUCCUGGCGGUAAAGCCCCCAAGACCCCUACAGGAGGGGACCGGUUCAUCCCCAACCGUGCUACCACCCAGUUUGAGUUGGGCCACUAUAAGAUUGUCAGCGAGGGGAAGCCAGAGGACAAUGAGCUUCUGAGUCCAACUCAGCAAGAGUACCAGCGUGUGAUGAGUGACAACCUCAAUGGCGAGCUCCUCAACAGCAAGAUCAUCGCCUACAAGAGCAAAGCUCCUCAAGCACCUGAAGGCUACAACAACAACCUGAGGGUGUUGUACAGUACAACCAAGACCACCGCAAGUGCCAAGAAGACAAUACGACACAUUCCACAAGUACCCGAGAGAAUCCUCGAUGCCCCAGACAUCCUAGAUGAUUAUUACCUGAACCUGCUGGACUGGUCAGUGAACAAUUACCUAGCGGUGUGUCUGGGCAGCUCGGUCUACCUGUGGAAUGCCAGUAGCGGCGACAUCAGCCAGCUGUGUCAAAUGGAUGGGCAGGACGAGUACAUUGGUGCUGUGUCCUGGAUCAAGGAGGGAAACUACCUAGCUGUUGGCACCAGUAGUGGCGAGGUCCAGUUGUGGGAUGUGAUGCAGCAGAAGAAGCUGCGGAGCAUGCGGAGCCAUGCUGCACGUGUUGGUAGCCUCUCCUGGAACUCCUACAUCCUCAGCAGUGGUUCGAGAAGUGGCAGCAUCCACCAUCACGAUGUGAGAAUGGCUCAGCAUCAUGUGGGCUCUCUCACUGGGCAUGCACAGGAAGUAUGUGGUCUCAAGUGGUCUCCAGAUGGCAAAUACCUCGCCAGCGGUGGCAAUGACAACAUCCUCAACAUCUGGUCAGCAGCUAUGGGUAGCCAGUCCACAGAAAACACUCAGCCCUUAUACUCCUUCUCCCAGCACCAAGCAGCAGUCAAGGCUGUGGCUUGGUGUCCAUGGCAGUCCAGCCUGCUGGCAAGUGGUGGGGGAACGGCUGACCGACACAUUCGCUUCUGGAACUGCAACACUGGGGCCUGUCUGAAUGCUGUUGAUACCAAGUCACAGGUGUGCGCUCUACUGUGGUCGACAGAGCACAGGGAACUCAUCUCAAGUCAUGGGUUUGCUCAGAAUCAGCUGAUCAUCUGGAAAUAUCCUGCCAUGUCGAAGAUAGCAGAGCUGACAGGCCACACUGCAAGGGUGCUCCACAUGGCCAUGUCGCCAGAUGGCACCACCGUGGUGUCUGCUGGCGCUGAUGAGACACUACGGCUGUGGAAGUGUUUCGCAGUUGAUGAGAAGAAGAAGACCACCCAGAAAUCUGCAUCCAAGGGCACAUCCUCCACACUGCAUCGAGCUCUGAUUAGAUGAUAUUUCCAUGGACAAUGAUCCACUCUCUGUGCAAUAUGAUGUUGUACUACAUGUGUAGGACAUUUCCUAGACGUGUGUCACUUCCAUCAACUUAUCUCAUCCUUCUGUUUCUUUCACUGUCACCACACAUCAGCAAAUAACAACUCUUCUUCAUCAAAUCUAGCCUACAUGUGGCGAGCAGAAAUCUUGUAAUUAUGGCAAGAUGCUGGUUGUAACUUACUUGUUUGAUGUAAUAGUGUUGUUAGUUGUGGCUGUUUACUGACCGUGGCUAUCUCAGUCAUCAUUCUGGUCACUACUUUGACUGACACCAAGGUGAAGCAGUACAUGUGGCCAGUGGUAGUUAGCAGUAUUUGUACAUAUGAAGAACACUUUUGAAACCCAUUUUGAAGCAACCAUAAAUGAACAUGAUCAGUAAUACCCAUUACAUGGGUAAUUGAUUACCCACUCCAUGAUCACGUCCCAGUGCUACCACCAAAGCCCACAGGAGGUAUAUACUUGUUGUUACUAUGUUUUGUUAUGUAUAGUAGGGGCAAGAUCAUGUGUAAUAACAUUGUGAUAACAGUGUAGAUUAAUUGGUCAGUAGAAACUGUAUCAAGCCAGUGCUUUAUUGUUGAAAAACAUAAUAUGAUAUCAUCCAUUGUUUAUUACAUUGUCAGCUUAACAACAGACUUCCUUCUGUGAAGUUUCAGAUUGUUUUUCUUCCCCAAAUCUUGGGACUAAUGCCACUCUGGAGACACAAAAUCCAUACCGGUAGUUCCUCAGAGUUCAUAAGACAUCAUCUAUCUGCUUAUUGCCCCCUAGGGGAUGACCACCUGUACCCACGCAGGUAACAAUUAGGAGAUAAACAUCAUGUGUUGGCCAA